AUUCUGGCCCCAGGAAAGGGCUUUGCAUAUCUCUCAUUCCAUUGUCUCAAACAAGUGAGUGCUGGGACCACUCUAACAAAGUAUAAUUGGAAAUAUCCAGCAGAAGUACAGAGAGGAACCCUCUAAACUCACAAGGAACUUACAAUGUCUGGAGGGAUUUUCUCUCCCCUUGAAAAUCUACACGACUUGGAUAAAGCCAACUGUCACCCGCUAGCUUGUUUCUUGUGCCAUGAGCAAUAUGAACACCCAUGCCUUCUCGAUUGCUACCAUAACUUCUGUGCCAGCUGCCUGCGAGGUCGUGCAAUAGAUAACCGCCUCACCUGCCCUCUGUGUGGACACCAGUCAAUAGUAAAAGGAAAUAAUGGACUUCCUCCAUUAGACCGACUCCUUCAGUUCCUAGUGGACAGUUCUGCUGACUGUGAUGAAGUGGUUCAGUGUGCCAACUGCGAUCUUGAGUGCAAGAACCAGGAUGGAGAGAUCAUUUACUAUUGUAACACCUGCAAUCAGCCUCUAUGUGCUAAGUGCAGAGAUGAAACUCAUAAAGCUAAGAUGUUCUCUCGCCAUGAGAUUGUUUCUCUGGCUAAGCGUGCCAAGGAUAUAUAUAAAAAGUGCUCUCUGCAUGAGGAACCUUACAUUAUGUUCUCCACUGAGAAGAAAUCUAUGCUUUGUAUCAACUGCUUCCGUGACAUGCAAGUAGAAAGCCGUGCUCACUGCAUUGAUAUUGAAACUGCUUACAUGCAGGGAUGUGAGAAGCUGGACCAAGGAGUCAUGGCAGUUAAGGAGCUGCAGACCUUAACCAGAGAAGCAAUAGUCCUUCUCAAAGCUAUGAUUGAAGAGGUUCAUAAUAGUGCGGAUGAGGAAGAAACCUCAAUCAACAAUCUCUUCUCCAAUAUGCAGGAGAAACUAGCAGAUCGAAGAAAGAUUCUUCUAAAAGCUGUGCAGUGCCAACAUGAAGAAAAGGAGAAGGCUUUUAAGGAGCAGCUAUCACACUUGGCAUCCCUACUGCCCACAUUACAGGUCCAUCUUGUUACUUGCUCAGCCUUCCUAAGCACAGCUAAUAAGGCAGAGUUCCUUGAUUUGGGAUAUCAACUGAUGGAACGCCUUCAAAAAAUAGUUAAACUUCCUCAUCGCCUGCGACCUUAUCAGAGCAGCAAGAUCAAUACUGAUUAUGGAGCUGAAUUUGCUCGCUGCCUAGAGCCACUGUUGAUUCUAAACCUGCGCCGAGGGGGGAGCAUGAGUGGCAGCUGUGGGGGUCCGGGACUGAGCAAUGGAAGCAUGAUUUCAAGUGGUCAAUCCUCAAAGACAUUUAUCAUGCCUGGGUGCUCUUCCUCUAUUGACAAAAUGUCUAUCACGGGAUCCAUAGUGCGCAAGCCUACAAUGCAUCGAUAUAUAAGCACUAAAGUGUUGCUGGCAGAAGGAGAGGAGAACCCAUUCACCAAGCAUUGCCGCUGCUAUGAAGAAAUGUAUAGAGCAACACAACUGGAAAUCCAGAACUUGAAGGACCAGGUCCAAGAGCUGCACAGAGACCUUACAAAACACCAUUCCCUCAUUAAGACUGAUACAAUGAGUGAGAUUAUCCAUAAAUCCCUCCAAGUCGAUGUGCAGAUAGCAUCAGAGUAUUCAUCUGUAGAAAUGAUGAGAACAGCAUUUGAGGAGAUUUGGGAAGAAACCUAUCAGAGGGUGGCAAAUGAACAGGAAAUUUAUGAAGCUCAGCUGCACGACUUACAGCAACUAAAGCAUGAGAACAGCUACCUAACAACCAUUGCAAAACAGAUUGCACCUUAUGUACGUUCCAUCGCAAAGGUUAAGGAGCGCUUGGAGCCCAGAUUAAAAGAACCAAAGGAUGAUGCGUCAGAGAAGCUGUACGAAGACUUCCCAUUGGCCAGUGACAUGCACAACAGGAAUGACCCGACAGUUUGCUCUGAGGAAAACUAUGACAAAUCCCUGGAACUAAAAGUCGAUAAUCGAAGUCUAAAUCUUCUCAAUGAAGACCUUCUGGCGAAGAGCAAAGAAUAUUACAGACUGAAACAAAAUGUGGCAAAUCGAAAAGGUCUAAGCGCUUAA